AUGGAUAGUGACAGCAACAGACUGCGAGACCUCAUAGGGACCGGUGCACAGUGCCUUCCCAACAGCCCCCUGAGCCCAACGGGUUCCCAGGUGCCCUCUGAGUCAGGCCCCUCCUCUGGCUGCAUCUGCACCCACAGCCCCACCACACAGCCCACAGUCCCAGCACACAGACCACAGCCCCAGCACACAGUCCCAGCCCAUAGCCCCAGCACACAGCCCACAGCCCACAGUCCCAGCCCACAGACCACAGCACACAGCCCCAGCACACAGUCCCAGCACAUAGCCCCAGCACACAGCCCACAGCCCACAGUCCCAGCCCACAGACCACAGCACACAGUCCCAGCCCACAGCCCACAGCCCACAGUCCCAGCACACAGUCCCAGCCCACAGCCCCAGCCCACAGCCCACAGUCCCAGCACACAGUCCCAGCCCACAGUCCCAGCCCACAGCACACAGUCCCAGCCCACAGUCCCAGCACACAGUCCCAGCCCACAGCCCACAGCACACAGUCCCAGCCCACAGCCCACAGCCCCACCACACAGCCCACAGCCCCACCACACAGCCCCUUCCCACAGCCCCAGCACACAGCCCACAGAACCACCACACAGCCCACAGCCGACAGCCCCAGCCCACAGCCCCACCACACAGCCCACAGCCCCAGCCCACAGCCCCACCACACAGCCCACAGCCCACAGCCCCACCACACAGCCCCAGCCCACAGCCCACAGCCCCACCACACAGCCCACAGCGCCAGCCCACAGCCCCACCACACAGCCCACAGCCCCACCACACAGCCCACAGCCCCAGCCCACAGCCCCACCACACAGCCCACAGCCCCACCACACAGCCCACAGCCCCACCACACAGCCCACAGCCCACAGCCCAUAG